UGCUUUUAAUAAACUUUCCAAUCAGCUCACGAGUUAAAAAGUGCCCUUGCUGGUGCUGGCUUCCUCACUUUGCCCACUUGCCUCCCUCCCUCCUUUCGUUCCCUCCUUCCAUUCUCCGUUUGUCAAGGCGUAAUUGAGUCCAAGGGAGGAUCAGGUUCCCUUGCCUUGGAGUCCAGAAAUCUUUCAUAGCAAGUCCCAGCGGGCAAGGAAAACCACAGCUGGAAGGGGGGAAAGGAAGAGACAAGUGAGUGAUCCUGUCCAGAAAGGAGAGAGAGCAGCUGGAGAAACAGCUUCCUCAGCAGCGGCAGCAGCAGCAGCAGCAACAGCAGCGGAGUCAGCGGGGCUGUUCCUACCCUAUCUCCUGCCGCUAGAAUCCUAGCAGCCAGCCUCCUCUCUCCAUUGACCAUCAGCCAGAGCAGGAGAGCGGAGAUUCACAACUCCAAAAUGCAGCCGCAACAGCAGCAACAGCAGCGUCGAAAAUUUGCAGCUGCCUUCCUGGCCUUCAUUUUCAUUUUGGCAGCUGUGGACAUGGCUGAAGCUGGCAAGAAAGAGAAACCAGAAAAAAAGGUGAAGAAAUCAGACUGUGGGGAAUGGCAGUGGAGCGUGUGUGUCCCGACCAGUGGGGAUUGUGGGCUGGGUACCCGGGAGGGCACCCGAACUGGUGCAGAGUGCAAACAAACCAUGAAGACUCAAAGAUGUAAGAUCCCAUGCAACUGGAAGAAACAAUUUGGAGCAGAGUGUAAAUACCAGUUCCAGGCCUGGGGAGAGUGUGAUGCAAACACUGCCUUGAAGACAAGAACGGGAAACCUGAAGAGAGCUCUUCAUAAUGCUGAGUGUCAGAAGACAGUCACCAUCUCCAAGCCAUGUGGGAAAGUUACCAAACCCAAGCCACAAGCAGAAUCCAAGAAGAAGAAAAAGGAAGGCAAGAAACAGGAGAAGAUGUUGGACUAAAAGACAGCAAGCUGGGCAGUACAUGAAAGGGACAUCAGCAAACAUGCUCAGUUAACAGUUUUAUUUACACCAACCGUAGGGGUUCUAUCCUAAAGUUAUUUAUAGCUUAAUUAUACAAUAGGCAGAAAGAAAAAAAAAGAACUUUUUUAUAGUAGUAUUUUUUCAUGUGUAACCAUAACACUGUUAGGUGCCUGUAUUAAAAGACUGUAAUUCCAUUUAGAAAUUUAUUUCUAUUAUACAAUGAACAAUUUAUGAAAACUUAAAGUCAAUUUUUCAAAUUUGAGUCAUGCACAAUUUUAGGUCUAAAAUCAACCAUCUCUAUAUAUUGUUUUUCUUUUGGUGGGAGUUAAAAUUUCAUAUGACUGAGUAAAUACAUUCUCAGGUUAGAUGCCCUUCCUACCCCCUUUUCAAAUUUAAACUUUUUACCAGGCUAAAUAAAAUUGAAUUCCUCUGCCCAUUUAUUACAGGUACAAAUGUCAUCUUUUUAACCAAUGAACUCUUCUUUGCUUUUAGUCAGUUAAAAGAGGAAAGGUCAGUAAUCUUAAACCUUUUCCUAUGUUCUGGACCAAAUGGUGUUUUUUUUUUAACGCAAAAAUAUUAUUUUGUGUUAGAAAUGGUCUCCUAUUUUGGCAUCAGUGUUUAUUUUCUAGACAAAAGAGAUUUUCUUUUUCAUUUGAAAAAUUGCUAGUAAGAAAAAUACUCUGUUUUGUGAAACAAUUCACUUCCAUAACCCUCCCCUACCUCCCACCAUACUGCCCCACUCCCACUCCACCCAGUCUACCUAUUAGCAAUGAGAAUUUUUCACUUAGAUUUAGUUAAAAGACUUUUGUGCAUGAGCAGAAGAUUUUUUUUUUUUAGUGAUGCUUUUUUCCUUUACAUCAAUUACUGGAAAGUGUGGUUAGUUUGGUGCUAUUGGCCUCAGGCAAGGCCACAUAUAGGACUGGCUUAGGGGAAGAGGAAAGAAUUACAUUUUUAAUGGAAAGGUUUACAGUUGCAAAGCACAUACCAGUCCUAGAGUAACAAUGUGAGAAAUGGAAGAGUGCGAGCCCUGUGUCUAUGCCAGGCUGUUUGGUUCCAAUAGAUAUCAUGUGAGUGCCAAAGACCAUCUGUGUAGCACCUUCAUCUCUUGGCCUUGCAAGGGACUUUUAUAAAGGAAACAGAGCUAUAAUUAGGAAUUUAGGGGACCAGGGAAAACAGCACAAACUGUAUCCCCCCAAUAAACCUUGAAAUUCAUGAUAUGCAGAUAGUAAAAUAAGUAAGCAGGACCAAAUCAGUUGAAAAGGGGGAGUUAGUUACCACAGUGGCUCACAGAUGGGUGCUAUUAACUGCCUGUGAACUUGUAGCCUCCUAUCUUUUUUCAUGUUAACUAGGUAGUUAUAAGUUCCUAGUUAGUAAUUUCUUAUUUCUAGCUGCAGAAGUGCAUGCGUUAAAUCUUUGUAUUCUCUAAACAUUGGUGCCCUGGAGCAAAGCCUCAAUCAUACCAUUCCAGUUAUGUCUCUGAAUGAAAGAUUUCUCUGAUUCUAUGAGAGAUAGAAAGCUGUUUGACAUUGGCUAAGUUCAAAGCAUCAAUCUUUUCUAUCAACUAUUCCAUAUCAACUAUUUCCAUAUCAACAAUUCCAAUCAACUAUUCUGCAAGGCAGAAGAUUAAAAUUAUUGCUAUGUUUAUUUUAAGGAAGGAAUAUAUAUACCAGUAAUCUUAAAAGGGCACGAGAUCCAUUCCCAGAAUAGUUUCAUCUCUUCUACCAUUGGUCUGGCCCAUCUCAUACUAAAUUCUUGGCAAAGUCUCACCAUUAGGGAGGCUGUGCUCAAUUCUGCCUCUGAACUAAAUUCCAACCUACCAAAUAAUUAGGGAUAAGGGCUAUGCCUUGAGAUUGAUUCCCAUUUAAUAAAAACAGAAUGCCUUAGAAAAUACAAAUGAUAGCCAGAUGCAUAAGAAAUGAUGUCUUUUUUUAAGCCAACUCCAAUCAAAGGGGGGAAUAUGCACAGGGGGUAUAGAAGGAUGAGGUGAAAGAAAUGUAUUGCAUCCAACUGUCUGUUGGCUAUUCAAGAUUUCAUACAACUAAAUGAUGGGAGUGAUGGAAGGAGGUAUGUUACAUUUUAUUAGCUUGUCAUUAGCAUUGCUUAUCCAUUAGCAUUUACUACGGGUACUGGUCAAAAAACAACAGCUCAUGCAUCAGUAAUGAGUCAGAGCAAGAUCUCUCAAGUGACAGCCUGGUAAAUAUCCAUGCCACACUCCUGUAUUGACAGGACAUUAUGAGAAGCCAAAGAAAUGUAGGAGAUUUCUGUUGUUUUAUCUCCAGCCCUUAACAAACCAUAUAAUUGACCCUCUGAUUCUUUUCCUUGUUAUGGAAAAAAAAAAGGUCAGUUUGUAUAACAAGGCUGUAAUCUCAGUUGCAUAUGUGUGAAAUUAGAUUUCCUUCCAACUGCCAUAACCAUUCUACCGAAACUGGCUUUCUCUGACUUGCUAAAUCAUAAUGAGAAACUGAGGAGAUGAGGAACAAAAAAGCCCAGGCUCUAAACAUGGGUGAUUAUUGCAUUUGGUGGUGGUGGUGAAACAACAGAUGAUCCCCACAGACCUGGGAGUCUCAGAAAACACCAGGGGAAGCCUUUCUCCAAGCUCUUUUCAUUUCAUGAGCGUUUAAACCUGCUAAACCUGGAGGAAAUGGGUGGUGAUACAGAGAGAACUCUACUAGAUUUCCCUAUGUAUUUCAAGGGUUUCCAUUCAAGUAUUUGCCAGUUACCCAAGCAGAAGAAUACAGUUGGCAUGAGGCUUUCUUACAAAACCUUCUGGCAAGUUAGAAAGAGAAUCUCCAUUAAAGGGCUCCCAGUAAUCAUGUCUUAGUGUUCAGGAGGGGUGCUAUCCCUUGACAACUUCUAACACAUGUCUACUUUCUUAGUUAUUCUCACUUACCAUGAAGAGCUAUGACUCUGCUUCAUCCCUGAUUUGUGCAGGUUAUGAGGAAGAAGGACAAGAAAGGAGUCGAGGCCCACAUGUCAGGGCAGAUGGUGGCAAAUGAGUUCCCAAAAGCCUAAGAGAUUACAUAUAGAAUUCCCAAUCUCUCAAGGUCUUUCAGAGGGUGGUUCUUUGAGAUAGUUACAUCCUUGAAACCAUUUCUACCUAGGGUCAUAUAGGAAGUUGAAAAACUAUAUAUCCCAUGAUGAAGAAUCUGAUUACUUAGGAACAAAAUUCACUUUCAAGAAGAGCUUUCUCUAGCCUCACUUCUAGGAUACCACAUUAAGAAAUAAGGAGAAGAAAAUUCUAUCUCAUUAUCCAAGUUCAGGAUAAUAGGGAUAGAGAGCCAUGCUUAGGUUUGUUCUGGGACUGAAAGAUUGAAAGAUGAACUUGUAGAAAACCUGGGUUGCUUUUAAACUGAGAAAAACUAAAGAAAAGAAUGGUAGUGAGUCCUGGAUAGCACUUAAUUUCUACAUGCAUUUAUUUGAAAGCCAUUGAAAUUUGGCUCUUACUGCUGUCAAUUUUUACCCGCAUGUGUUUCAAAGUGACUGGAGGCAAUGAAUGAAAUCCUUAAAAUAAAGGCAUAGAUUUCUUACCCCUCCUUAAGCAUUGAUUUCUCAGUCACUUCCUAUAUAUUAUCUAACCUAAGGAGAGCCAGAAUUCAAUCAACUUCUGAACUCAUAAAUGUUUGAGCGACCUGUGAGAAAGGCUACACAAUUUUUUCCAUAAAAAAAAAGAUGAUUCAGUUGGCUUCACCUUCUUAAGUGAAGAGUAAAGGAAUUAAGGAGACUUUUUGGGGUGUGAUCUUUUAUGAAGGAAAGAGAAAAGAGUAUUUUCCCUCAGAUUAUAUAGUUAUAACACUCUUUCCAAGUCUGAAAAAUCAAAGCUUUGCUAGAAUGUUGUAUGUGAUUCUAGUCUGCUAAAUGGGAAGGAGGCAAAGAAUUUCUCCCUUCCUAGUCUUCUUCCACAAUGACAAGGGCAGGAAAUGAGUCCUGAAAGCAAUUUAUCAAGGCACUGAUUCCAGUUUUAAAAGAACUUAUUUUCCAAUGAGUUUGCUCAAGAGGGAAGAAGGUCCUGAGUGUGCAGCAAGUAGUGCCUACCUCAUACUUGUCUGGAAUGCUGGCUUCCAGGGGAAGGACAGUGUGGAGGACACUUCAAAGAGGGUGACUAAUGUCCCCUUGCUACAGUAAUGGCUCUCUUUUAUUGCUCCCAGUCACCCAUUAUGCCAAGUAGAAACCAAAGUUAAAAUAUGCCCUCAGGGUGACCUGGCAGUGCCUGGGCAGGGUAGCCAAUGAAAUAUCUCAGUUCGAGAAUGUUUUCAUGUGAGGAAAUGAUGGUCUAAAUGACUAUUCCACUUGAGAAGGGAGGAAAAAUCAACAGAUCUUCCACUCCCUGCACCCGAAACUUUGCUCUUAUAGCUUAAAAUAAGAAAAUAUAUUCAAAUACAAACUUAACAGGCACAAAAGAUUGAUGAAUCUCAUGUAUAUACCUAUUAAACAUUAUAGUACCAAGUUACUCAUGGGGUUGGGUGAAGUUUUUUUUUAAUUUUUUUUUUUUGUAUAUUGAUUGUUAGAAGCAUAUUAUCUUUUGGUCUUUAAAAUCUGCACGAAAGCCAUAUAUCUGCAUAAUAGAAUAAAAACAAGAAUAAUCCUGAUAUAAUAUCCCUAAUGGUUUCCUAGCCUCCUGUGAUGGUGGGAUGCCUUAGAGAAUGUACACAUCUAUUGAUUGUAUCUACCUACUUGACUUGCUCUUAGUGGAGAUAAAAAAUAAAAAAAAUAAACUAAUCAAAGAGAA